CAAGAAGAACAUAAACCCUAGCAAUUUCUAGUGUGCAGGAUUAUUUUCUCGAUGCUAUUAAAUGGUUCAACUUGCAGUUUGAAUUGUUCUUAAAGCAACUCUUCUAUGGAUUGAUGUUCUACGGCCUAGUAUUUAUGUGAUAGAUUGUACAAAAUGUUCGAUUGUGUUUACAGACCGCAGUUUCUGGGUGGCCACAGAGACAAGUUUGUAAGGUUGGACGACUUGGAUUCUACGUUAUCAAUGUCUUCUGAUCCAGGGGGAAUGAAAAGCUGUGGAUUCAAUAUGGAAGGGUUGACACAUGCUGGUCAUGCAACAAACAACCCGUCAAAAUCUUUCAGGAGAGGAGUGAGAAGAGGGUCUGAAGGACUCAAGUCAAUUGGCCGAUCGCUUAAGCUUGGUGUUACUCGAGCAGUAUUCCCUGAAGAUCUUAAAGUGACAGAGAUGAAGAUAUUUGAUCCUCAAGAAAAAUUUAUUCAAAUAUGGAAUAGAUUUUUUGUCAUAUCUUGUAUUCUAGCAGUAUCUGUGGAUCCUUUAUUUUUUUAUCUUCCAGUUAUCAAUGAUCAAACAAAUUGUCUGGGUAUUGAUAAAAAGUUAGCUAUCAUAACUACGACGCUGCGGUCCAUCAUUGAUUGUUUUUAUGUUAUUCACAUGGUUAUCCAAUUCCGCACGGCUUAUAUUGCUCCAUCAUCUCGGGUUUUUGGACGAGGUGAACUUGUGAUAGAUCCUGCACAGAUAGCAAAGCGUUAUUUGCGACGUUUAUUUAUCGUGGAUUUUAUUGCUGUGUUACCCUUACCUCAGAUUGUAAUUUGGAGAUUCCUUCAGACCUCAAAAGCCUCAGACGUGCUUGCUACAAAACAGGCAUUACUUUUCGUUGUCUUGAUUCAAUAUGUUCCAAGGUUAUUCCGAAUCUUACCUCUGACGUCAGAACUGAAAAGGACUGCUGGUGUCUUUGCUGAAACUGCUUGGGCUGGUGCUGCCUACUAUUUGGUGUGGUACAUGCUUGCAAGUCAUAUAGUUGGUGCUUUCUGGUAUUUAUGUGCCGUGGAACGCAAUGACACUUGCUGGCAGACAGCUUGUGAAGCUAACAGCCAAUGCAAGAAAAAUUACUUGUAUUGUGGCGACGGGCAUAUGGAAGGUUAUGAUGCCUGGCUCAGCAUCAGUAACGGUGUCCUUUCCACAAUGUGUUCUCCAAGUGGAGGCGGAUUCAAUUUUGGAAUCUUUACAUUGGUUUUGUCAUCUGGUGUUGUUGCAUCCAGGCAAUUCCUGUCUAAAUACUGUUUCUGUUUGUGGUGGGGCCUACAAAACUUAAGUACUCUUGGCCAGGGGCUCCAAACCAGCACCUAUCCUGGGGAGGGUAUAUUUUCCAUAACUCUUGUUAUUUUUGGGCUCAUCCUCUUUGCACUCUUGAUUGGAAACAUGCAGACCUAUCUUCAGUCUCUUGGUAUCCGACUCGAGGAGAUGAGGGUCAAAAGGCGUGAUUCGGAGCAGUGGAUGCAUCACCGCAUGCUUCCACAAGAUCUCAGGGAGCGAGUCAGGCAGUAUGAUCAGUACAAGUGGUUGGAAACACGUGGAGUGGAUGAAGAGAGCUUGGUUCAGAACCUACCAAAGGAUCUCAGGAGGGAUAUAAAACGGCAUCUUUGUUUGGCUUUGGUGAGAAGGGUUCCUCUGUUUGAGAAUAUGGAUGAGCGGUUGUUGGAUGCCAUUUGUGAGCGUCUAAAACCUAGCUUGUACACAGAGAGAACUUACAUUGUCCGGGAAGGAGAUCCAGUGGAUGAGAUGCUUUUCAUCAUACGGGGUCGCCUGGAGAGUGUGACCACCGAUGGUGGCAGAAGUGGAUUUUUCAACCGGAGUGUACUGAAGGAAGGGGAUUUUUGUGGAGAGGAACUCCUUACCUGGGCAUUGGAUCCCAAAUCUGGUUCUAACCUUCCAUCUUCUACCCGAACAGUGAAGGCCUUAACAGAGGUGGAGGCCUUUGCCCUGAUAGCAGAGGAGUUGAAGUUUGUUGCUAGUCAGUUUAGGCGCCUCCAUAGUAGACAAGUUCAGCACACAUUCCGUUUCUACUCGCAUCAGUGGAGAACAUGGGCUGCAUGCUUUAUCCAAGCUGCUUGGCGCCGGUAUUCCAAGAGGAAAAUAGCAGAGGUUCGACGUCGAGAAGAUGAAGAAGUAGAACAAAAAGGAGGAGCAAAUUUCAGUGGGGCUGGUGGCAAUGGUGGUGGUGGUUCAUCCAGUCUUGGUGCAACCAUUCUUGCAUCCCGUUUUGCAGCUAAUGCUCUUCGGGGAGUCCAUCGUCUUCGGAAUUCCAAAAGUGCUAGGGAAUUACUAAAACUAUCAAAGCCUCCAGAGCCUGACUUUACUGCUGAUGAUACAGAUUGAUAAGAAUUACCUAGAUUAUACACUCAAACCGACCUGUAAUUCAAUUUGUAUUCAAGUUCCUUGGAAGAUAUUGCAAGUCUUAUAUGCUGGGUUUGUUAGGGUUCAUGGCUCUGGGAAGUGUAAUGUAUUCUAGCGAAGAUUUA